AUGAUUGCGACCAGCGCCGACCUUUCCAUUAUGGUGAGGAGAUGUCUUCUCACUUUCAAACCGUUCAGGAUCUUCGUGGUGGGGAUCGGCUUCUUCAGCCUGUGCUUUCUAAUGACCUCUCUCGGGGGCCAGUUCUCGGCCAAGAGAUCCGGGGAGUCCCCCUUCACGGUGCGAGCUGAAGUGCUCAGUGGACAUGAAUCUCGGGGGGUGCUGAGGAAAAUCAGUGACAUGCUGGAGGUCAUCAUGAAGAGGAUGGAUGCUCUGUCUAAACUGGGUAACGCCACAGAUAGCCACAGACUGGAAGAGCUCAGCUCGGCCCUGGACAGGAUUCAGCCGGUCGGGCUCGUGGAGCGGAUGCAGGCCAUCGCCCAGAACAUGUCUGACAUGGCGGUGAGGGUGGAGCAGAUCCUCCAGCGCAGCGUGGCCAGCAACAGAGGCAGGGAAGGGACGUUAGGGCAAUGUGAGAUUCCCAAAGAUCCUCGUUACCCAGACUGCUCCAGCAAGAUGGACUGGAUGCGGGCUCGUUGGACCUCAGACCCUUGCUAUGCCUUUUAUGGUGUGGACGGCUCAGACUGCUCAUUCCUGGUCUACCUGAGCGAGGUGGAGUGGUUCUGCCCCCCACUGCCCUGGAGGAACCAGACUGCCACACCCACCUUGAAGCCUCCACCCAGGAGACAGGCUGUUUUCCAGUCUGACAUCGGGGCUCUGCUGGAGCAGGUGGGCACCGGGAAGGAGUCACUGAGCUUCAUGAAGAGACGCAUACGCAGGAUGGCAGCACAGUGGGCCUCUGCCGCUCGACGGCUGGAUGACAAGCUCAACAACCACGGGAGAGAGCAGAAAAGGAUUCUAGUUCAUGUGGGCUUUCUGACAGAGGAGUCUGGGGAUGUGUUCAGUCCCAAAGUGCUGAAAGGGGGUCCUCUGGGUGAGAUGGUGCAAUGGGCCGACAUCCUCACAGCCCUCCAUGUGCUGGGACACAACCUCAAGAUCUCGGUUUCUCUCAAGGAGCUGCACGGGUUUUUGGGGGUUCCUCCAGGAAGAGGAAGCUGCCCUCUGACAGGACCUCUGCCCUUUGACCUCAUCUACACAGACUACCACGGCUUGCAGCAGAUGAAGCAGCACAUGGGUCUGUCACUGAGGAAGCACAAGUGCCACAUCCGAGUUAUUGACACCUUCGGCACGGAGCCGGCUUACAACCACGAGGAGUAUGCCACGACGCACGGCUACAGGACCAACUGGGGCUACUGGAACCUCCACGGCCAGCAGUACAUGACCAUGUUCCCCCACACUCCAGAUAACUCCUUUAUGGGUUUCGUGGCGGAGGAGCUGAAUGAGACGGAGAGACUGAACAUUCAGCGGAACAAGGUUAACAAUAUGGCGGUUGUCUACGGCAAAGAAGCCAGCAUGUGGAAGGUCAGUGGAAAGGAAAAGUUCCUGGCCAUUCUGCAUCGCUACAUGGAGAUCCAUGGAACGGUCUACUAUGAGACGCAGCGUCCUCCAGAGGUGCCUGCCUUUGUUAAGAACCACGGUCUGCUGCCUCAGCAGGAGCUGCAGCAGCUCCUCAGGAAGGCCAAGCUGUUCAUUGGGUUUGGCUUCCCCUACGAAGGUCCCGCCCCUCUGGAGGCCAUAGCCAAUGGCUGCAUCUUCCUACAACCCAAGUUUAACCCUUCUCACAGCUCUCUCAAUCAUGACUUCUUCAGAGGGAAGCCCACCUCCAGGAAGGUGUCCUCUCAGCAUCCUUAUGCAGAGCAGUACAUUGGCCGGCCGCAUGUCAUCACUAUCGACUUCAAUAACUCUGAAGAGUUUGAUGCGACCAUCCGUGAGAUUAUGAGAAUCAAUGUGGAGCCCUUCUUGCCCUAUGAGUACACCUGUGAGGGGAUGCUUGAAAGAGUGCACGCCUACAUUCAGAACCAGGACUUUUGCUCCCCUGAAGCUCCGUUUCCUCCAGUGAACUCGUCCUGGCUGACCAGUGCUCCCAGUCCUUUCCUCCUCCUGCCUAACUCCAGCAUCCUAGCCUGGGCAGCCAACGCAAGCUCCUACGCGACCUGGCCGCCCCUCAGCGCACUGCGCCUCUUGGCUUCGCUGGAGGAACAGUCGUGUGUGGAGGCGUGCCAGAGGGCGGGGCUUAUCUGCGAACCCGCCUUGUUUCGUUUCAUCAACAUUAAGGAGGCCUUCAGCGCGCUGGAGCUCCAGUGUGACGCAGUGGAGCUCGAGAUGAACCACCUCUUCCCUGCCUUCUCCGCGGAGCACGCUGAAUGUGGCCUGCAGCAGGAUCCGCUGCUCUUCAGCUGCGCCGGCUCCAGCGCCAAAUACCAGCGCCUGUGCCCCUGCAGAGACUAUCGUGUGGGCCAGGUGGCACUGUGCAGAGACUGCCUAUGA